AUGGCAUCGAGAAGAAUAACCACAACAGAUGAAAUCACAAAGAAGACAAAUGCUUUGAAACUUGAUGAGCACACCCAUGCAGCUAAUUUCUAUGAAGGACGAUCAAAUAAAGCUAAAGUUAAUUUCGCUCGUUUAGAAAAAGGUCUUCUUUUAUUCAUAUACAUCUACGAAACAGCCAAGAAUACAUUAGCAUCUGAAAUAGCUCUUUGGGACCAUCGUCUUUGUUACUACAUGAUUAGAGAUGGUAAAUGUACGAAAACAUCCGAUCAGUGUCACCGUGAACAUCAAACCAACUAUCGACAAGCGAAUCUUUGUUCAUCGUGGUAUAAAACACGGACAUGCUCAUUCAAUUCAAAAUGCAAACAUUCUCAUCAAUUCGAAGAGACAGCGAAGUAUCAUUCUUAUAUUCGAACAUCAACAGAAAUGAGUGUUUAUCAGCUAAUUCGAUUUAUUCGCAAUUUUGCUGGUCACUUUAUUGACUCAGUAAUCACAGAUGAGCAAAAUUUAUAUAAAGAGGUCAUCGUUGCUAUGGUUCAUAUCGUUCAUUAUUUAAGUCCGAAGGCACCCGAUUCGGUCGAACAUUUAGAUCUAUUUCUUGAAGCAACAACAAUCAAUCAGUUGAUUGCAGAGCAAGAGCUUUUAGCAAAACUUGACAAAUCUUAUGAAAUUCCUGAAGUAUUCUUCGAUCUUAAUAUGAACUUCAAUACAAAUUGGUAUCAGUUCAAUGCGAACAAGCGAUGCAUUGACUUUCAACAUCUUUCCAAUGAAUUUAUCGAAUUCUUCAACCAGAUCUUCGUCAAUUAUUUUACAGGACGUUUGAGAUCACGUGGUGCUCAAGCUCCAUGGCAUGAAUAA